CAUUUUAGCAAACACACUUAAGCAAUACAAAAGAACAUGAAAAGAGACAUUUGCUUCCCUAAACUUUAGUGCGGAUUUCACCAGUGACCAUGGUAGCCAGAUUCUUCCUUCUGCUGUUUGUCCUCAGUGGAGCUGACGGUUCUCGGAUUAUUGGAGGCCGAGACGCUGCCCCCCACUCACUCCCCUACAUGGCCUCAGUGCAACUUCAAGGUCGCCAUUUGUGUGGAGGAGCACUAGUGAGAGAGGACUUUGUACUCACAGCAGCACAUUGUGAGACACGUGGAAUACCCACAGUCGUGCUGGGAGUUGAUUCCCUGACAGGUACUGAGCCAACGAAGCAGCAGUUCCUUGUGGUCAAAUCUUUUCCGCAUCCAGGCUAUGAUGGACACAAAAAUGAUAUCAUGCUCCUCAAGCUGAACCGGAGGGCCCAAGUGUCUCAAGCAGUUCAGGUGAUCUCUCUGAAACCUGGCAGGCUGAAUCAAAUCAGCCAGUGCAUCACAGCAGGCUGGGGCGAUAUAGGCGAUAACAACACCUUACCAAAAACGCUUCAGGAAGUCAACGUCACCACUCUGCCACAAAUGAUAUGCAAAAGGAGAUGGGGACAAGUUCCCAUCACACAGUCGAUGGUUUGCGGUGUGGGAUCCCACAGCCUUCAAGGCUUCUGCUCAGGAGACUCAGGUGGACCGCUGGUGUGCGAUGGAGAUGCAGCAGGUGUUAUCUCUUUCUCUGGGAGGCGAUGUGGAGACCCCCAAACCCCCGAUGUCUAUACACGCAUAUCUUCUUUCCGGGCAUGGAUUCAAAGGGUGUUGAAUGACAAUUAGGCCAGUUAGACUAACUGAUAAUGUGUCGCAACGCUUGAUUGGAUUAUGGUGCUGUAGCCAUGAUUUUUGUAAUUCUGCACUCAUCACAGAUAUCCUUUUGCUUUAGGUGUGCCUUUCAGAUGGGUUAGGAAAGGUUAAUGCAUGCUUUUCUCUUCUUCUUUGCUGUUGGUGCACUUCAAUGUGUUUCAAAUAAGAGCACAAUCUAAAAUAAAAUACUUUUGCUCGAGA